AUGGCCGAAACAACUGCUGAAGUAGACAUCAACGAGCUUGCCGAGUACGAGGACAGUGACGAGGAAGUCGUCCAGGAGACCAAUGGCGACAAGAAGAACAUCUCUGCAAAGGAUACCCACGUUGCCAUGCACAGCAGCGGCUUCAGAGAGUUCCUCCUGAAGCCCGAGCUUGACAAGGUCAUUGGAGACUGUGGUUUCGAGCAUCCAUCCGAGGUCCAGAACGAGUGUAUUCCCCAAGCCAUCCUGGGUCACGACAUCAUCUGUCAAGCCAAGUCCGGUAUGGGCAAGACUGCCGUCUUUGUCCUGUCUGUCCUUCACCAGAUCGAGGAGAACCCAUCAAACAUUGUCGCUUUGGUCCUUUGCCACACAAGAGAGCUGGCCUACCAGAUCUGUGACGAGUUUGAUCGCUUCACUUUCUACUUGCCAACGAUCAAGACCGCCGUCAUCUACGGAGGUAUCCCAGUGCCAACCCAGAAGGACAUGUUGAGAGACAAGAAGCCAAACAUCAUCAUUGGUACCCCAGGCCGUGUCCUGCAGCUGGCCAACGACCGCAUCCUCAACCUUAAGAACAUCAAGCACUUUGUUCUGGAUGAGUGUGACUCGUUGCUCGAGUCGCUCGACAUGCGUAAGGACGUCCAGAAGAUCUUCAAGAUGACUCCACCAAACAAGCAAGUGAUGAUGUUCUCUGCCACUCUCUCCGAGACCACCAGAGCCAUCUGCAAGAAGUUCAUGCAUGUGCCAUUCGAGAUCUACAUUAACGAUGGUUCCAAGCUUACACUCCACGGCUUGCAGCAGUACUUUGUCAAGCUGAACGAGCAAGAGAAGAACGCCAAGUUGGUCGAGCUGUUGGAUGCUUUGGACUUCAACCAGGUGGUCAUCUUUGUCAAGUCUGUCGCCAGAGCACAGGCACUGAACCAGAUCCUGAGUGACAUCCACUUCUCCUCGAUCUGCAUUCACAGUGACCUCAAGCAGCCAGAGAGAAUCGAGCAGUACCGUAAAUUCAAGAACUUUGAGAGCAGAGUGAUGGUUGCCACCAACAUCUUUGGCAGAGGUAUCGAUAUCGAGCGUGUAAAUGUAGUCAUCAAUUACGAUAUGGCCGAGUCCCCAGACACCUACCUCCACAGAGUGGGUCGUGCCGGUCGUUUCGGAACAAAGGGUCUCGCCGUCUCCUUUGUCUCCACACCAGAGGACCAGACCGUUUUGGACCAGGUUCAGGCCAAGUUCGUUGUCUCCAUCAAGGACCUCCCUGCCAAGGUCGACCCAUCCACCUACAUGAGUGGAUAA